AAAGGUGUUUUUUUUUUUUUUUUUUGGUUAGGGAAGAUGGGUUUUUGGUAGUGUUUGAAAACUGCGAAGUCAAGACAAAGAAUGAAGAAGAAAGAAAGUGUGAAUUUUUUGUCUAGAGAAGUACAAAUGGAUUGCAAGAAGAGAAGGACAUUGGAGAAGAAUAAGGACCUUGCAACUGCUAAUGAAGAAAGUUUAAUUGAUUCUUACAACACCCUUGCAAGACACAUGGUGGAACCAUCUAGUUCAAGGAGUGGUAAUAGAAAAAAAGGACUGGAGCCACUCUGCGAAGAUGUAUACAUAUUAGUGUGAAGAGUCCAUUCAAUUGUCCUGUACCAGAGGAAGAUGACACUUUUAUUUCAGAAGAUUACAAGUAUUGGUUGGAUUAUGUUUAUGUUCCUGAGGAAGACGAGGAGGAUGAUGGUGAUAGCUUAUUGGUUAAUGUGGCUGAGGAACCCCUGAUUGGAGAUGUGGAUGCUAUGCAAUUGAGAUCCCUGAGCAAAAUAUUUAUAUAGAAUACCCUGAUGUGGCUCUUACUAUGGCUUCUGAGGCACAAAAUAAUGUUGGUAACUAUAGCGGGAAGCGCAGGGGUAGGAAACCAAAAAAUUUGAGACAAAUAAUUGAGGAUUCUCAUGUUGUGUCUGCAAAGGCACAAAAUAAUGUUGGUGAAUAUAGUGGGAAUCGCAGGGGUAGGAAACCAAAAUAUUUAGGACAAAUGGUUAAGGAUACUCAUGAUGUAUCCCCAGAGGCACAAAAUCAUGUGGGUGAUCACAUUCACCCUCCAUCUGGCAUAGAAAUAAAGGUAAAGGAGGAGAUUGAGGAGGAUGAUGACGAUUCACUCUGCAAAAGAAGGCGAAAGGUUCCAAGUUUGAAUUUGGAACAUUAUUGGCAUGAUGAUAAAGCCAAUGCAAUGAAAUACACAAAGUACAGAGAAAAACUCAUGCAAGAGCUGGAGAAGCCUUACUGUGAGGAAGAGUAUAAGAGGCUUUUUAAAUAUAUGAAACAUAGAAAGCUAGUCGAAUACCAUAAAGAGCAUCGCAGCGGCCCUAGGACCUGUAAGAGAAAUUAUCUUGGGAAAUCUCUUCUUAAUCAUCAUGUUGAUCUGAACAAAAAACUAAAAUCAGUUAGUGGUGAUUAUCCUAAACGUCUGACCCGUGGAUUUGUUUUUUGGUUGAUGGUAUGUAUAAUUUGAUAUUACAGCAUCUUG